GGGGAGGCCUGGCCCCUUCGCCCCCUGUCACCACAGCAGGAGCCGCGACAUCCCAAGGCCUCUGCUGAGGCGCUGACCAUUCGCCCUGUUCUGUGCCCCCAUCUGUGGCCGGACGUGCCUCGCUAAGAGGAGAGGGAAGGAACCAUACAUAGAGUCUGUACUUGACCUGUGUUUUCUUCUUUAACGUUUAUAACGUGUUGUCAGUCAUAUCUUUCAGACACAGGGAGGGUGAGGGCUUACCUUAAAGGUAAGCUACUGAACGGCAGAUCUGAAGUUAGAACCUAAGUAAGUCUGUCAGGUUCCAUUAGCUAUGCUUUUUGUAUUAUGCCAGAAAAAAAGCUUUCUCUCCUUUUUUUUUUUUUUUUUUUUCUUAAAGCUUCCAUCUCCCCUUGAUUUUAGAAGGAAGAGGGAAAUAGACCCAGUUGGAAAGAAAAACCUUUUAGUGGCCAGACCAUCUCCUUGCCAUCUGUAUCUGAUCUAUAUAUCUCCUCCCCAGUUCAGAGCCAGGAAAGGACCUCUUCAUUCCGACCCCUCCAGGGCAAUGCACAGCUCCUGGGUUCUUAAAUGGUCAUCGAAUUAAUGUUUUGAUGCCGGUUUUGUCAUUAAGAUGACCUCUGUUUGACUGCCUCAUUCCUUUGCUUCUACUUCUGUGACAUCUACAGAAUUUUUCUUUCUGAAGAUUUUAGAGGAACACAGCAGAGGGAAUAUAACUGAUAACUAACGUGGGUCCCCAGCAUUUGACGAGUUGGCAGAUUUAUUAACAACGGCAAGGUGGCCACUUAGUGGAGCUUUCUUAGCUUCAUUUUGGAUUUGUCCCAGCCCUUCAGCACAUGUACACUCUUGAUGUUCGUGCUUGUUAUUGGUCAUGAAAAGGACCAAUAAAACAGCCACCAUUUACUGAGGGUUUGUUCUACACCGCGGUGCUGUUUUAUGUGCUUGACAUUAUGAAAAUGAAGAUCAUUACAAUUCGUUGAGCCCUUGCCACGUGCCAGGCACAGCACUCUGUUUUACCUUCUCAUCCCCAUUUUACAUGUAGGUAAACUGAGGCACGGAGAGGUUGAGAUAUUAAAGUUUAUAAUUAGAAGUCGGGACCUUCUAGAGCCACAAAGUCUAGCUUUUAGCUUUCUUCUACUGAGGAAAUGUGUAUGGCUCUUAUCCACCUAUACCCUCUACUAAAAACACAGAUCUGGGCUCAGAAUCCAGGAGGUCAGUCACAUUGGUAUUCAUGUGGGCAGGAUGGUGCUUCACAGACUGGCUGGUGGACAGAAGGCACUGCAACCUGAAAUGGCAGAGUCUGGUAUUGACUAUCCGAGAGAAGAUCAAUGCUGCCAUCCAGGACAUGCCAGAGAGCCAAGAGAUCGCCCAGCUGCUCUCUGGAUCCUACAUUCACUACUUCCACUGCCUAAGAAUUGUGGAGCUUCUCAAAGGCACUGAAGCCUCCACAAAAAAUAUUUUUGGCCGGUACUCUUCACAGCGAAUGAAGGAUUGGCAGGAGAUUGUAGCCCUGUAUGAGAAGGACAACACCUACCUAGUGGAACUCUCCAGCCUCCUGGUUCGGAACAUCAACUACGAGAUCCCCUCCCUGAAGAAGCAGAUCGCCAAGUGCCAGCAGCUGCAGCAAGAAUACAGCCGCAAGGAGGAGGAGGGCCAGGCAGGGGCCACCGAGAUGCGGGAGCAGUUCUACCACUCGUGCAAGCAGUACGGCAUCACGGGCGACAACGUCCGAAGAGAACUGCUGGCCCUGGUAAAGGACCUGCCGAGUCAGCUGGCCGAGAUUGGGGCAGCGGCCCAGUCUCUGGGGGAAGCCAUCGACCUGUACCAGGCCUGUGUGGGGUUUGUGUGUGAAAGCCCCGCAGAGCAGGUGCUGCCGAUGCUGCGGUUUGUGCAGACGCGCGGAAACUCCACAGUGUACGAGUGGAGGACGGGCACGGAGCCCUCCGUGGUGGAGCGGCCACACCUCGAGGAGCCCCCCGAGCAGGUGGAAGAAGAUGCGAUUGACUGGGGUGACUUUGGGGUGGAGGUGGCGUCUGAAGGGGCUGACUCUGGCAUCUCUGCCCAGGCUGCUGGAAUUGACUGGGGCAUCUCCCUGGAAUCGGACUCCAAGGAAGCUGGGGGUGACCAGAUAGACUGGGGAGAUGAUGCCACCGCUCUGCAGAUCACCGUGCUGGAAGCUGGAACCCAGGCUCCCGAAGGUGUUGCUAGGGGCCCAGAUGCUCUGACACUUCUUGAAUAUCCUGAGACCCGGAAUCAGUUCAUUGAUGAGCUCAUGGAGCUCGAGAUCUUCCUGUCCCAGAGAGCAGUGGAGAUGAGUGAGGAGGCGGACAUCCUGUCCGUGAGCCAGUUCCAGCUGGCUCCAGUCAUCCUGCAGGGCCAGACCAAAGAGAAGAUGGUCACCAUGGUGUCGGCACUGCAGGAUCUGAUUGGCCGGCUCACCAAUCUUCGAAUGCAACACCUGUUUAUGAUCCUGGCCUCACCAAGGUAUGUGGACCGGGUAACUGAGCUCCUCCAGCAGAAGCUGAAGCAGUCCCAGCUGCUGGCUUUGAAGAAAGAGCUGAUGGUGCAGAAGCAGCAGGAAGCCCUUCAGGAGCAGGCAGCUCUGGAGCCCAAGCUGGACCUGCUGCUGGAGAAGACCAAGGAGCUGCAGAAGCUGAUUGAAGCUGACAUUUCCAAGAGGUACAACGGGCGCCCCGUGAACCUGAUGGGAACCUCUGUGUGACAUGCUCCCCAUUCUUCCUGCCCGUCUUCUCAGCCUUCAGGAUGGAGGAGGGAUGGCCAGGGACCCUUCUCGGCAAGAGAUCAGGCUGAUCGGAGGACGGAAAGCCCGGUGAUGGAACCAUCACACGAAUGGUGACCUUGGCACUCACUGUACUCUCUGCAAGAAGCUGUCUUGAUUGGUCCUGUGGCCCAUCAGCUUCAAACCACAGCUUCUGCUCUUUCUCAUUAUCUAGUUGGACUUAAUAAAAAAGGAAGGGACUCUUGCUUCA